ACAAAUUAUGGAUAAGCCAAGUAAUCUUUAGAAUAUCCACAAAAAAUAAAUGAAAACCCAAUAAGAGAUUAAAGCCAUGUUUCACUCCGAUUUGAAGCACAAAUGUCUCCUUCAAUGUGGGUGCUGGUCCCACCAUCUGAUAAUUAACGUCCCGUGAAAGUACAUUCGAAUCAGAAUCUUCCCCACCGCCCCGCCUAGCGCGUGCUCCCCACGCAGCGGCGGAAACCCCCCGCGCGUGUAGACAAACUCCGGAAAACCGCGUCGCGUCAUCGCUGGUCCAAACAGCAACGUUUUUCCGACCCGACCCGAAUCAUCGUACCAAACGGUUGCCCGUACUGAAGAGAGAGAAAGUCUAGAGAGAGAGAGGGGAAGAAAACCACGAAACCACAAAUCCGAGAAUUCAUUUGUGAAUCAAAGCUUCCAAUUUUCAAAGCGGAAAAGAAAACCCAUUUCUCUGACUUCCACUAUUUAUUCCACAUUCUUUAUUACUCUUUCUCUCUCUAAACAUAUUAUUGUAUGUGUGUGUAUAUAUAUCAACUGCUUUGCUUUUUGAUUUUUUUUUUACAGCAUCACGGUCGAUAAAAUCACAAGGCACCUGAAAUUUUUUUGCGAAACAAAAAACAAACAGAAAUAAAGAAAGAUAGAGAGAGAAAGAGGUGAUGGGUGGGAUUAGAAAGAGAAAGGGAAUUAUUGUUCGUGGGUUUAUUAUUUCAGCUGUAUAUUUUUUCACUUUGAAUUCUCUACUUGUACUCUUUUUGUUCCUUUAUCCCUACACCACGACCAAAGCAAACAAGAAAAAUCGCAACUUUAAUAAGAGCAAUAAUUAUUAUAGGUUUUUUGUUUUUGUUUUUGUUUUUGUCUUUGUUGCUGAGUGUAGUAUUAGUGUGGAGUAGCAGCAGUAAUUAAUUGUAUUUUAUUAAUCGGUAUUCUCCAAAUCGUCACCGCACAUCUUUGUCAAACUCGAGUUUUUUCUGCUGUCUACCAACAAUCAAUAGGUUGUCUAGAGAGAGAAAAGAAAUUGGGGCAAUUCCAAUUUUCACACACUUCUUUUCAGUGCUAUUUUUAUCUUUUUUUGUGUUUCUGUCGAAUAAAGGGGUGGAGGAAAUGUCCCUUUUCUGAACAGAAGGUUUCCGAUUUUUGAAAGCCCUAAAUUUUUGGGAUGGGUUUUUGUCCAAAUUCGUUGUUGAGUAAUGGAGGAGAAUUUGCUAGUUGCUGAUCUUGUUUGAGCUCUGAUUUUGGUUGGAUUUGCUUGUUGUUGGAGAGCUGUCUGGUGGAAUGGAGGUUGAUGAAGGGAGCAGCAGCGGCGGAGGAGGAGAAGGAGGUGGUGGUGGUGUUGGUGUUGGUGAAAGUGUGGGGACAGCGAAGAAGAACUCGGCGGAGGGAGAGGCAAAGGUGAAGCGCAAAAUGAAGACUCCUUCUCAGUUGGAAGUUCUUGAAAAAACAUAUGCUAUUGAGACAUAUCCUUCAGAAGCAUUGCGAGCAGAGCUCUCUGUUAAAUUAGGGCUGACUGAUCGGCAGCUGCAAAUGUGGUUCUGCCAUCGGAGGUUAAAAGACCGGAAGCCAUCUGCGGAGAAGAGGCAGAAAAAGAGCACCAUAACAUCUGCAGUUGCGGAAUUCUCUAGUGGGACUGUACCUGAAAAGGUAGUUAGCAGCUCUGAUGUGGCAAAUGACUCUCGUUCGGGUUUGAACCUCUUUGGGAAUAUGGAGCAGCAGCAGCAGCAGCAGCAACAGCAACAACGAGUAGCUCAUAAGGCUGGAACUGCUGUCCCGAGGAUAUCAACAGAAUUGCCAUCCAUGAGGAGAUACUAUGAACCACCUCUGGCUAUCUCCGAACAGAGAGCAAUUAAGUUUGUAGAAGCACAGUUAGGGGAACCGCUUAGGGACGAUGGGCCCAUUCUUGGAAUGGAGUUUGAUCCAUUGCCGCCUGGUGCCUUUGGUGCUCCUAUCGUUACAUCAGACCAACAGAAACGAGCUGGGCGAUCCUAUGAUGCCCACUUAUAUGAGAGGUUGGAUGCUAAACCAAUCAAGGGUGCCUCUAGGGUUGUCCACGAAUACCAGUUUCUCCCAGAAAAGCCGUCGACGAGAACUGACCCAUAUGAACGAGUGCCACAUUAUUAUGGUUCGCCCCCUGAUGUUCUGAAUUCUCGAGUCCCAUUACCCACUGGAAGACCAGUGAUACGUAGCAAUGAACAAGGAGCAUCUGGAUAUCUUCAAGGUCAAAUGCCAAGUUUGAGUCUUUUGCCUCAGCAGGGCAGGCAGGAAGCACACUUAUCUCCAGCUCCUGGAGAAGUGGAUGUUGGUCCACUAACAGCUCCUGUGGUUAACACGAACGUUGAUUCUCAGCUUUUCGUUCACCCAGGUAGUGUAUUUGAUAAUCAGAUUACGACACCAGAGAGGCGCACGGUACUCGACCCUGAGAGGUUGGAGAGGAAACGCAAGUUGCAGGCUGAAGAGGCUAGAAUAGCCAAAGAAGUUGAAGCUCAUGAGAAAAGGAUCCGUAAGGAGUUAGAGAAACAAGAUAUUUUAAGGAGAAAGAAAGAAGAACAAAUGAGGAAAGAGAUGGAAAGGCAGGACCGGGAACGACGGAAGGAGGAAGAAAGACUGUUGCGUGAAAAGCAGCGUGAAGAGGAGAGAUGCCAGAGGGAGCAAAGGCGUGAGAUGGAACGAAGGGAGAAAUUUUUACAGAAGGAGUACAUCAAAGCAGAAAAGAUGAGGCUGAAAGAGGAAAUGCGCAGGGAGAAGGAAGCUGCAAGGCUCAAAGCUGCUAAUAAUAGGGCUGCUGCUCGUAGAAUAGCCAAGGAAUCCAUGGAACUGGUUGAAGAUGAAAGGUUGGAACUCAUGGAAAUAGCAGCCUUAAAUAGGGGAUUACCCUCAAUUUUGGCACUUGACAGUGAAACUUUACAGAACCUUGACUUGCUUAAAGAUAAGCUCCCAGAAUUUCCGCCCAAGUCGGUGCACUUGAAGAAGCCUUUCCAUGUCCAGCCUUGGAGUGACUCGGAGGAGAACCUUGGGAAUCUUCUUAUGGUUUGGAGAUUCUUGAUAUCUUUUGCUGAUGUUCUUGGCCUGUGGCCUUUCACUCUGGAUGAAUUCAUUCAAGCGCUGCAUGAUACCGACCCAAGGUUGUUGGGUGAGAUCCAUAUAGCUCUUCUGAGAUCCAUUAUAAAAGACAUCGGAGAUGUUGGCAGAGCAUCGGAUCCAAAUUCUGCUGGCAUCCCUGUCGGGGGACAUCCACACAUUGUUGAAGGGGCAUAUGCUUGGGGUUUUGACUUGCUUAGCUGGCAGCGUCACCUGAAUCCGUUAACUUGGCCUGAAGUAUUGCGGCAGUUCGCUCUCUCUGCAGACUUUGGGCCAAAAUUAAGGAAUUCAGAUAUCAAACCAGCAUGUUUCCAGAAUGACAGUGAGGGUGAUAAUGGUGCAGAUACAAUAUCCAAUAUACGAAGUGGAGUAGCUGCUGAGAAUGCUGUUUCCAUUAUGCAAGAAAGGGGUUUCUCGAAUUCUCGAAGAUCCCGGCAUCGAUUGACUCCCGGAACAGUCAAAUUCGCUGCAUUUCAUAUUCUUUCAUUGGAGGGAAGUAAGGGACUUUCGAUAUUGGAAGUUGCUGACAAGAUUCAGAGAUCUGGUCUCAGGGAUCUCACAACAAGUAAAACUCCAGAAGCAUCUAUUUCUGCUGCUCUGUCAAGGGAUACAAAACUGUUUGAGAGAACAGCUCCUUCAACUUAUUGUGUACGCUCUCCUUAUCGGAAGGAUCCUGAUGAUGCAGAGGCGCUUCUCUCUGAAGCUAGGGAGAGAAUUCGGGUGUAUCAAAAUGGAGAUGUUGAUGAAGAAGAACCAGAUGUUGAAAAGGAUGAUCUUGAAAGAGAUCAAGACUCUGAAAGUGAUAUUGGGGAUGAUCCUGAUGUUGAUGACUUGGAUGCUUUGGCCAAGUUAAAGGAAUCUUCUCAUUCCAGCGAAACAAGCAAAUUUGAAGAUAUCUCUGGAUAUGGCAACGACAAUUCCUGUAGUGAGUUGUUGGGAACUGCAAUCUUGAAAAGCAGUUCAAUGUUGACUGAAUCAGCUAAUGAGAUGAAAGAUAAUGGAACAAUGGCUGUCUCAUGUGUCGAUGCUUCUGGGGCUAACUCUCAGGUGUCCGCUUAUGAUCUUGAAGACAAUGUAGUUGAUGAAUCUGGUCCUGGAGAACCAUGGGUUCAGGGACUUACUGAAGGAGAGUAUGCAGAUCUCAGCACUGAAGAGCGUCUAAAUGCUCUUGUUGCCUUGAUUGGUGUAGCAAAUGAAGGAAAUGCAAUCCGUGUCGCCUUGGAGGAACGGUUGGAAGCUGCAAAUGCAUUAAAGAAGCAAAUGUGGGCUGAGGCACAACUUGAUAAGCGUCGAAUGAAAGAGGAGCAUAUUUUUAAAUCACACAGAGCUGAACAUGUUCCUCAUGGUAUUGAGAACAGGAGAAGUCCAUUAAAUAUUGUUCCUAUGAAAAAAGAGUCCUCAUCUGCAAACCCUGAGUUCCAGCUGGUUGACUUGAAUGAUCAACAGAACGAAGAACAUUAUAUUAAUAACAUUGCUACCGAAAAGAAUCCUCUAAUGGAAGAAUUUUCUGUAGUUCCUGACAACUUGAUGCUUCAGCAAUCUGUGUAUGCUGCUGAAAAGUCACGAUCAGAGCUGAAAGCUUUUAUUAGUCAUAGGGCUGAGGAGAUCUAUGUAUAUAGGUCCUUGCCACUCGGACAGGACCGGAGGCGCAAUCGAUACUGGCAGUUUGUUGCAUCACUAUCUCGAAAUGAUCCUGGAUCUGGUAGAAUAUUUAUCGAGUUACCAAAUGGUGUUUGGAGGCUUAUUGAUUCCGAAGAGGGGUUCGAUGCUCUGUUAUCAUCUUUGGAUGUCCGUGGAACGAGAGAAUCUCAUUUGCAUUCAGUAUUGCAAAGUAUUGGGCCAACUUUUAAAGAAACUGCUAGGAAAAAAUCAUCUUGUUUACUUUCUGGUGGACAUGACCUUGUUGACGUCAAGAAGGAAGUUAAGCUUGACUCGUGUUUUCGUAUAUAUAGUCCGAAGGGAUUAUCCUAUGCAUCAUGUUCACCAGGACCAUCGAUGCCACUCGCUGCAAAUCUUGUAAAUAAUGGAGCCGAGGAGAAUGAUAUAAAUCAAAGAUACAAGGACUUUGAGUGGAUAUGGAAAGAAUGCUUUGCUUCGAAUGUAUUCCGAGCACUGAAGCAUGGCUCACUACGGCAGCCACAGCUGCUGGAAAUUUGCAAUUGCUGCCAUGUCUUGUUCUCAUGGGAGGAAAAUCACUGCCCUUUUUGUCAUAGAACUUACAGCACUUCCAAGGAAACUUUGAAUUUUGCAGAGCAUGUUGCUAAAUGCAGAAUGAACCAGAGUGAAGAGUUUGACGACAUCGUAUUUGACAUCUCUCUUCCCCCGAGAAUCGUAUUGCUGAAAGUUCAAUUAGCUACAAUUGAGGCAUCUAUUCCCUCAGAUGCUCUCGAAUCCUUCUGGUCAGACGAAUACAGAAAAUCUUGGGGCAGGAAGUUGCAUAUGUCAUUGAUGGCUAAAGAGCUUCUUCAGUGCUUGACGUUGCUGGAAGAUAGCAUCAAGAGGGAAUUUUUGUCGGUGAAUUACGAGACCUCCUCUGAGAUAUUGAGUUCCUCCAAAGUCGUAGGAUGUUCAUCGAGACCUGGAGUGGUUCCGAUACCUCCAUGGAUGCCUCUUACUGCGCCUGCCGUGGCUUUAAGGCUCAUGGAUCUCGAUGCAUCCAUCUACUAUACGUACGAGCAUGAGGAAACUUGUCAGAAAAACGGCGAAGAUGGGUAUUUCAAUAACUUCUCGUCGUCGUAUUCUGCAUUCGGGUGUUCGGUGGAUAAUCCUUCACAAGCUGGAUCGUCUCGACUGGAUAACUGCUGGGUUGAUCUCCGUAAUGGCCGCUCCGUCCUCAAGCGAGGCCGGGGGCGCCCAAAAGGUCCGAGCCGCACUCGUGGAGGAAAAUUUCAGAGUAGGGCGGUCAACGCUCGAGAGGAACCAUGUAACGCGAAUGCAAGAAAGGACAAAUUUACUCAGCUGCCGGGUUGGAGAGGGCGGACACGUGCACGAGGUAGAGGCAGUAAGAAAGGCCGUCGCUCCAUUAGAAGCCGGCAAAAGCCUGCUCCGAGAGCGAUUGGGAGUGUUCUCAACAAAAGAGGCGGCAAGGGCAUCGUCCACGACGACGAUACCGCAGAGGUACACCAAGAGGAGUGGAAUUUGGCAGCGACGCCGGUCGAAAUCGAGGGUGCCGGAAACGUUAGCAGUUCCGAAAGAUCGGAGUUCGAUAAUGAUAACGAGAACGACAAUGGUCGAGCAUCGGCAGACGAAUUUGACGACCUUUAUGCGGAUGGAUUUUCCGGUGCCGGGAGUCGGAAUUUUACCGAGAGUGUCGAUUACGGGAAAGGCGAUGAGCAUGGCGAAGAUGCGGAUGAUGUUGAUUAUGACGACGACGAAUACAAUGAUGAGGAAGACGAUGAUGGCGUGGAUGAACGCGAAGACUACUUUGCCGAAGGAUACGUCAACAGUGACUAUCAAGAAGAAGAGGGAAACCCGACCGCAGGCAGAGAGCGAGUUCAGAACGCGGCGGGGAGCUCCGAUGGGGACUCACCGUCGUCGUCGUCUUCCUCCGAGUACAGUUACUAACGUUUGGCACCUCAAGAAAGGGAGAUAUACUUAUAUUGAAGUAGUGUAGCUGUAAUCAAUAAUUCUGUCUCAUCUUUCUUUUGGAGCCAUAGCUGACUUUAACUUAAACUGGAUAGUUUUAGGCAUCAAACGGCGACGUUUUGUUGUUAUAGGAAAAACGUAGUUGAAGGAUAAUUUUCACCAGUGUAUUUUCUGUGUUUCAAAUAUUUAAUUAAAUGGAUGAGUGAAAUGUGUGUCGAUCCAAAGAUGAAAUUAUUUGAUGAUUCACAA